UGGGGUCCAAAGAUAACCACGCUCCAAGUCACAGGGAUAUAUCACCCGAAACUUGGAAAGAAACCAAGCUUCAGCACGAACGGUACUUCCUUGCAACUACCGGCCUUGGCCUUGUCCUUCCCCGCGUCAACCAAGGUGAGACGCUUGUCCGCCUGUAUCCGGCUGCUAUUGGACGAGUAGGGUGAGGUGCCAUUAUGAGAGUCGGAGGCGGGCGUGACUAAGUACACGCCAUAUAUCGCCCAUUCGUCACCUCACCUAUCUAGCUACUCAUGCCAGUACCCGAAAUGCCAGACCCUGCAAGAGACGGCCAGGUUGCGCCGUCGUUCCAAGUCCCAGAUAUCCCUGUCGUAUCUAUCGAGCAUCCAUGCAUCGUUCAAAAUGUGGAGAAGGCUGUUGCUAUGCUCGGAAGACCUACAGAGAUCGCGCAGAGUCUUGAGCCUGGAUGGGAUAAGCCGCUGGGACUCAAAUUUCAGCCCAAUGAUCCAAGCAGCCGUACGGUGCUGUCUUACAACAAACCAACCAACAAUCUGCUGCUAAAAGUGACAGUUCCCAAACGAACAGGCAGGAAAAGGAAGCGGGGGUCUGAUGGGCAGUAUCUCGAGCAACCCACAGAUUCCCAACCUCGAAGAGACGUCAAAUACCUCCUGCAGUCACUGGCAGACAAUCGCGAACGCUACCAGGCCGAGGUCGUGGGACCGACUGGCUCUACGCACAUUUGGCGUACCAUGCCAGAUUUCACCUACUCGUCUAAAGGAUCUUCAUUUUUGAGCGAGAUACAAUCCAAAAUUCUUCCUCAGCGGUAUCCAUUGCUCAAGCAGUGGUCUUUCCCUCGAUCCUCCGUUGAGGCAGAAGCCGAGGCUGUUCCUCCUCCGGUUCUCUCCGCGCAGAAUCUCCCGGUCAACUUCACAUAUCGUCAGGGCUCUGCCGCAAAGGCCAUCGUCGAACCUACCUCCGCAAGCCAGACCCUAGAUGAUACAGAUGCGUCUGCGCAACCACCCACAAGUCAAAGCCAACCGCAGGAUCAACAGACGUUGCAUAAUGAAGCCACCUGAGCGUUUUGACUCCCAACUACUCCGGUGAAUGUCAUAAAACAGCCUCAGAUUUCGCACACUAGGCUAUAGGGAAAACAAUUCUCUUGCUUGGUGGCCUGAGUCAAUACCUUCGGCAUUUACACCUUUUCCUAACUCUGGAGCUUAAAGGGUGAUGCCCUGAAUGCGCGUUCCGAUGAGAAAUUAGGGUCACGUAUCUGAAUGAGGAGACUCCGCGGCUAUCGCCAGCGGAUCCAGAUGAAGGAAUACCACAAAGACAACAAUAUAGUCAACGAUUUCUGUUGGGUGAAAGUUGUUGGUCGAUACAUGUUGAAAGGAAUAAUGUCGUCCAACGGAAUGUCUAUAUGUAUGGGGAUCUGCAGAUAGAGAACAUGAAAAUGGGAUGAAGCCAUGCUCUUACUAGGCGGCUGUUAGUUGUAUACACUUGGAAAAUGCCCAGCCUUGACCUCG